GCGGUUGCCUUGGAGAGGGACGCGCGGGCAUCACCGCCCACCGCCGCCGGCGCCGCGGCUCCGCCGAGAGGAGGCAGGACAGAAACGUCCAGACAAAGCCACCCCCGAGGGGAGCGCCCCGGAGUCCGUUUGUGCCUGCCCGCUCCCACGAGGGUCCCGGAGCGUCUGCGGAAGGCCCCAGCAUGUCGAGCGAGCCGAGCGCGUCGGGGACCUCCCCCAGGGCCCAGCGACCCGGGGCCCAGAAGACAUCCGGUGCCGUGACCAAGAAAGGGGAGCGCGCGGUUAAGGAGAAACCGGCGGCCGCCCUGACGCCAGUGGGCGAGGAGGAGCCCAAAAACCCCGAGGAGUACCAGUGCACCGGUGUGCUGGAGACCGACUUCGCCGAGCUGUGCACCCGCUCGGGCUACACGGACUUCCCCAAAGUCGUCACCCGGCCUCGCCCCCACCCGAACUUCGUCCCCUCCUCCUCCAUGUCAGAAAAGGCCACGCUCGACGACCAGCGGCUGCUGUCGGCGUCCUGCAGCCUCACCAGCCUGGAGAGCAAGUACGUGUUCUUUCGGCCCACCAUCCAGGUGGAGCUGGAGCAGGAGGACAGCAAGGCAGUGAAGGAAAUCUACAUCCGCGGUUGGAAGGUGGAGGAUCGGAUUCUGGGCAUCUUCUCCAAAUGUCUGCCCUCCCUCAGCCAGCUGCAAGCCAUCAACUUGUGGAAGGUGGGGAUGACGGACAGGACCCUGACCACUUUCAUAGCCCUGCUGCCUCUCUGCUCGCCCACGCUCAGGAAGGUGUCUCUGGAGGGGAACCCGCUGCCGGAGCAGUCCUACCACAAGCUCAUGGGGCUGGACAGCACGAUCGCGCACUUGUCUCUGCGGAACAACAAGAUCGACGACCACGGAGCGCACCUGCUGGCCCGGGCGCUGUCCACGCUACACAGCUGCAACCGGACUCUCGUCUCGCUCAACCUGGGCUUCAACCACAUCGGCGACGAGGGCGCGGGCUACAUCGCUGACGGUCUCCGGCUGAACCGCUCCCUGCUUUGGCUGUCACUGGCGCACAACCGCAUCCAGGACAAGGGCGCCCUGAAGCUGGCAGAGGUCCUGCGCCCCUUCGAGCUGACACACACGGAGGUGGUGGAGCGCCGGCGCCUGCUCCUGGAGAAAGGGUCGCAGGAGCGCUCGCGAUCGCCUUCCUCCUCCCGUCACGGGGACUCCAAAGCCGAAAGAGAGAAAUCUCAGAUGGCGGGGAUCAGCAACAUCGCGCUAGUGGACAGGCCGGAAAAGUCGCAGACAGGGAAAAUCCCCAAGGGCCUGGGCAAGAAAAAGGAGAAGCCGGGGGAAGUGGUCAAGAAAGAGGAGAAGUCAGGGUCUGGGCAGUCGCCCACCCAGGGAACCCCCAAGAAGGAAGACGCUUCGAAGUCAAGCAAGGGGAAGGUAACCAUCCCCGAUCAGAAGUCAAGCAAGGGAAAAGGCACGAAGACCGGGAGCAAGGAGAAACGCAGCAUCCUCCUGGAGUCCGAGCAGCUGGUUGCCGAAGCUACUGAGAUGGUCAACCCUCUGCUGGAGCCCGUGGAGCACCGAGAUGGCAAAGUUUUCAUGCCUGGGAACAGGGUCCUCCUGCACCUCAACCUCCUCCGAAACCGCAUCACCGAAGUGGGGCUGGAGGGCUUCCUGGCUGCAGUGCAGUACCAGGUACAGAUCUCCAAGCCCAAGAGCUCCUCCAAGGGCCCGAUGGGGCUGCUGUGGCUGUCCCUAGCGAAGAACUGCUUUGCCCCGCAGUGCCCCACGUAUACCAUGAUCCAGGAGCUGAUGCUGCCAAGGGACCCCAUCAAGGCCAAGCUCAGGGAGGAGGAGGCCGCAGCUUUCCCCUCCUAGCCCCGCCCCUUCUCGCCUGAAACUGAGCCCCAAGCACUUCUCCGUGUGUGGGCUGAGCUCCCUGGGGGAGAGCCCAGCAGGAGAACUUACGCAGCCUAUUGCUGUACUUCUCCUUUGCGGUUGUCUGAAAAACGUUGCUCCGGAACUACCUGGACCAUUUGGCCUCAGUCUGUUCACCUUACAGGGCCAGCAGCGGCAGGAGAGCGACGGUCCGAUGCACUUUAUGGUUUCUGCGAGGCAACAGCUGGCCAGGGGCACUGCUUUUUCAUUCAUUUAAAAAUCUAUUUAGUUGUUUGAAGGGUGGAGUGACAGGAGAUCUUCCACCCACUGCUUCAUUCUCCAAGCCAGGCCAAAGCCAGGAGCCUAGAACUCCACCAGGGUCUACCACAUGGGUGACAGGGGCCCAAGUACAAUCUGCAGCUUUCCCACGUGCAUUAGCAGGGCGCUGGCUUGGAAGCAGAGUAGUCGGGACUUGAUCUAGCGCCCUGGGAUGCAGGCAUCCUGGGUGGUGGCUUAGUCAGCCACACCACCACACUGCCCCAGCGUAUUGCUCCUUACCCUCUGCACGGUGUUUCCUAGAGGAUGUGUGCUUUGCCAGUGUUUGCAUUUAAGCCUUUGGCCUCAGAGGCUGAAGGGGAAGGUUUGGGACUGGGAUUGCAACCUGAUAGGCACAAGCCAUGGGACCGAGUAGACAGAGGAGGUGGAGGAAUCGAGCACAGGCCCCACCUGCUUUGCCUUGUCUUGCCCAGCCCAGGGGUCUCACUGGUUUUGAGGGAGGGGUGGGCUCAGCUGAAGAAAAUGCACAGCGCCUUGGCAGGCCACCCUGCAGAGGGUGCUGCACAUGUCAACAUCCAGGCGGAGCUGGCAAAGCAUUAAACACAAACGUCAGGACACAGCCUGCACGUGUCAGCAAUGUGGAACCAGAGGCACCCAGAUGGCGCGAGGGCCUGAGGAGCUGGCAGGGCAGGUGACCCUGCAUCUUUGCCAUUCAGUGCUGCCUCCACCGGUGCCCAGCGUGCACAGGCCUGGGGGCCACGAGCAGUCCACAGGCAGCGUCUUGUGAAGGUGCAGGCAGGAACGAGUGCACAAUCCACUCAGCCUCCAUGCCACUCGUUCAAUGUCCGUGCCCACCCAGGGCGCGCCUGCCUUGCCCAGCGUGCUCUCGGCAGCUCAGGGGCUCUCCCAGGCCCUCGGUGGCUCUGGCCGCUGAGCUGCCCCAGGAAAAAGCCCUCAUUUCUGUGAACUGCCAACCCUGGCACAUAAAGAAGCUUGACGACGAUGGCUCAUCUUGGCUUCUCCAGCCCAAGGCCUCUAAGGCUUCGGUGACAGGACAGCCCUGUCCUUAGUCCCAUACAUUGUCACUAAGGAUGCUGCUGUCAGUUCUGAUGCCCAGUGAGACUGUUCGCUCACUGCGAGCUGCAGGAGUCAAGAGUAUCCAGUACUUGGUGCUGAAAGAAUCCAGCCCUUAAUCUGGAUGGCUCUGGUCGUGGUGACGCAGCUGCACCUGCAGGAGCGCAGAGGCGUGAUGGCAGCGAGGAUCUGGCCAGGCCUGAGACAACCCCCUCCUCAGUUUGCCUUUACAGAGAGCAGCUCACGAGGUCCCUGCCCCUGGGUCUGCUGCUGCCAUGUGUGUGCUGGAAUUAGCUCUGCAGCACAUGCCUGAAACUUGGGCGCCCGCGUGGCGAGACCUCGGGUUUGGUACCAGGGGCGAGGGCUCCUCUGCCUGGCUCUGCUCAGUCCCAGCCAGUUUACAGUUUCGCAACUGCCACAGCACCCUACCCUAGCAGUCCCAGGAAUCACACACACAUCACCACAAUGGAAGAAUAUUUAACUUUUCUUUAAAAAAAAAAUCUUAACCAUGAAAGGAAGAAAAUAAAAGAGUAUACAUUAUCUUAACAGC